AUGAGAGACUUGUAUGCAAGGAUAUCGAAUCUGUACAUACUAUUUACUUUGCUCUCACUACUACUGCUAUGUACACCAACAGUUUCUUCCCUUGCACCACAUGAAAAACGAGCUUCCAAAAUCGCCAGCUCGUGGACACUGAAUACAGUCGCACUCGCAACUGCGAACUUCACGGAUGGCACAUUGUGGAAUGGACAUCCUUUGCAGAAUCAACAGCCGAACGCAUCACCAUCAACGGAUCCAGUAACUGGUUUACCUGUUUUGAAAAUCACGUAUCCGGCUGCGUCGUUUGGAAGUGCAGGCGGUGUCUCGUUUUAUACCAGCGUGCUCGGCAUCACACCGUCAGAAACAGCAUGGAUGAAUUACUCAGUGUAUUUCCCAGCUGGAUUUAAUUUCAAUCAGGGUGGUAAAUUGCCUGGGAUCUAUGGCUCCUCAGCACCAGACUUGUCAGGCCAAUGCGCUGGUGGUGUCAAGACAGAUUCUUGGCAAGUUGUGAAACCCCCUCUCCGAGAUCAACUUGCUGGUUUUGUACUCAAGCUAAUUGCUUUUUUCUUCGCUGUACACAGCUUCACAGUCCGCAUGAUGUGGCGCACAGACGGUGCCGGUGAAGCAUACGCCUACCUCCCAACCGCAAACCAAAACACGCUGUGCGACAAGACGAAAUACAAGAACAAUUACUGUAACGAUGAAUACGGAUGGAGUUUGUCGCGUGGUGCAUUCACGUUUCCGACUGGGGCAUGGACGUCGAUAGCAAUUGGGUGUCAGAUGAACACGCCGAGUGUGGGUGAUGGUGGUUUGGGAGUGUGGGUAAAUGGAACGCAGUUUGGAGGGUCUGAUAAUACGUGGGCUACACCUGUAACAACGUAUACUUUGUAUACGAAUGUUACGUACUCGUAUACAGGCUCGAAUUUAGUCAUUGCGGGAUCAUCAGCUACGUCAAUCAGGACCGCUGUGGAAACACUAGCACUUGGGCUCAUCUUGUGCUAUUUAGGAGCCCUGAUAUGA